AUGAAAUUCAACCUCGCCACCACAACAUUACCUGUUUCAAGAGCAGAAAUGCUAAAUGAAACCACCUCACCAUCAUCAUCACCAUCUCCUCAAUCUCUACCUUACUACGAACUCUCCUCUGAUACUGAACCAUCUGACCCUCCAUCCCCCAAUCUGGCUCAGCUCCAAUCCUGUGCUCUAGCCUCUCAAAAUCCAUCACGUCUUGAACCUGAACCUGAAGUCACUUCCCCACCUUCGGAACAUCCAAAUCCAACCACAUCUGAACCACAACCAUCUGAACCAACCCAAUCUGAACCACAACCAUCUGAACCAACCCACUCUGAACCACAACCAUCUGAACCAACCCACUCUGAACCACAACCAUCUGACCAACCCACUUUGAACCACAACCAUUUGAACCAACCCACUUUGACAUACCACCACCCAUCACUUCCGCUGACCCAACAACUCUCACACUUAAUCUAA